CCUCGGUCAGAGAGCCUGGUGAGCCACCCCCUCUCUGUCCACCCCUGCCCUACCCCGGCCUCCAAGUCCGUCGUCGCCGCCUCGCUUCUUCGUCCAGGCGUUGCAGAGGCAGACGACCAAGACGCACGAGGGGAGAACAAGGGCCGCUCAUCUCAACUCUAUCUCCUCUGAGCCCAGAAACAUGGACUCCAACCCCGGACCCGCUCCCACUUCCCCCCUCCUCGUCUCCUCCACCCUCCUCGCCGCACCCAGACGCCCAUCAGCAACCUCUGCUUCUCCCCAUUAUACCACUUCCUCCUCCUCGUCAUCUUCAUCGCCCUCAUCUUCGCCAGCCUUUGCCCCGCUAGCUUGCACCAGGUCCACCGACAAGGACUACUCGCGUCCACCUUCAGUCCCCCUGGGUCCAUCUCAUCUGUCCUCUGCGUCUUUACUACCCCCACCACCUGCCGCUUUCCCACGCAGGGGAAGCAGCGCCAGUAGCACAAAGAGCAACGACUAUCACGGCAACUUUGCCGCUCCUAUCAUCGCCAGACGCCUCUCACAGCAAGAACACUCAGCCGGACCAGCGGAUGACAGGGGCUCAAGCCUUCUGACGGCUCCGAUCUCCAGGGCCGCGGCCAAGUAUGCCCAAGCACUUGCUGCUCACCAUUCUUCUGAACAUAUACCCUUUGCAGCAGGCCAGCCUGAACCCUCACCUCGCCAUCUUUCUCCUCCUGUCCAAUCUCGCCUGACCGCAACUCGGUCAUUCGAUCGAGGUCCGUCUAGGUCCUAUCAGCCGUCGCCUCUUCCCUCUCCAGUUCCUUCGGUCCCACUUCUAGAAGGCAGGCGAGGUUCGCUUCAGGCGACUGCCUUGCUCAGAUCGGGAAUGGCAGCAGAGGCUUCCUCAUCCGCCCGAGCGGCGGAGAUGACGGCGGCAGGCAGUCGGCAGAGUGGUCAUUCCAGUGGCUCUUCAGCUCUUUACAGCAGUCCAGCCGAGGCCAACGCUGUCGAGGACCUGGCGUAUCCAGUCUGGUCUUUGCCAGGGUCGCCUUUGGACGAUGGAUCAAAUCGCACGCCGCCUUCGUCUUCCUCACGGUCUCACUCCCGAUCACCCGCCCUAUCCCGAAGGUCAAGCGCCGCCUCCCCGCACUCCUUUGCACCUUCUACGAACACCACGUCCAUGAUGGGGGCCGCGACAGCCGCUCUGCAGCUACAUCAGCUUCAACUGCAGUCCAACAAUGCAGACAACGUCUCCCCACCAGUCGGCCCGUCCCGCAAGUCAGGGGAAGGUAGUCAUCAAGCGCCGCGCACGAGCGACGUAUCGAGAGCAAGCAGCUCCUUGAAGCGCACAGUACGACAUUAUUCCCCACAGACGAUGCUCACUGAGGCGUCCGCCAGCAAGGGCACGGACGGUAGUGUUCCAACCACGGCCGCGACUACCAACACAAGUGGAGCGACUUCCAGAGCGACUACUCACCCCAGCUCCCCUCGUUCAGGCAGGUCUACGCCUUCGAGUGGAGCCUUCAGCAAGCCAGGUCCUGUGCUAGAGACGAAUCACUUACAGCUACAGACUCAUGUCAGUGGCCGGAGGAUGAUCAAUCAGUACAUCAUGGACAAGCAGAUCGGUUCUGGUCAGCAUGGAAAGGUCAGGCUCGCUCGAGACACAGAGACAGGAGAGCGAGUUGCAAUCAAGAUAGUAGAGCGAGAGGGAAAGAGGCGGCUGGGGGCUCUCACUGGCGCCUGGCAGGGGCAAAAGUCAACAAGGGACAACUUGGCCGCUCUGGCAGCUCCAAAGGCUGAGAGCCCGGACAUCGCCAGCGCAGGAAACAAAAAGGCGAUCGAUUUUGCAAGCGAUACAGCUCCUCCUCAAGGAACAGACAACACUGGAGCAGAGCAAAUUCCGGGCCCUUCUGGGACAGGGUCGCCCGGUUCUCCUUCUGCUAUGUCGCCGUACGCCGCUGCUCGGUAUGGCCGAUGGGGCGAGGGACAUCCUAGCCGUCCAACCUACGCCGAUCUCGAGGUUCAACGUCAAAGAGAGAAGGAAGCGGCCAAGGCAAGAAAAGCUCAGAUGUGGACUACGGAUCAGAAGGUCAAGCGAGAGAUUGCAAUUCUAAAGAAGUGCAACCACGAAAAUGUCGUGAAGCUCAAGGAAGUGAUUGACGAUCCCCAAAGCAAGAAAAUCUUCAUGGUCUUGGAGUACAUGGCCGGAGGGGAAGUCAAAUGGGUAGACGAUCGGGGUUUUCCAACCCUGACUGUCAGUGAGACCCGGUCUAUCAUUCGAGAUGUCGUUCUAGGUCUCGAGUAUCUGCAUUACCAGGGUAUCAUCCACCGGGACAUCAAGCCAGCUAAUCUUCUUUGGGACGGGAAUCACACUGUCAAGAUCUCUGACUUUGGAGUCUCGCAUUUCAGCUACGCUUUGCUUGUGGCAGCUGGCGGAGUACCAACUAGUAAUAGUCUCGUGAGCGGCAAGUACGGCGGUCUCUUGGAUGACCACGAGCUUGCCAAGACGGCUGGCAGCCCUGCCUUCUUUGCUCCCGAGUUGUGCCAAGUUGGAGAUGCUUCAAACCCAUCUACAGCAUCUGCGAGGACGCCAGGCGCUAGUCCCGAGCUGACUCGAAGAGAAUUUCCUUGGAUCGAAGAAGGGGCUCGGAGUGGACACAGCUCGCCGCAUACACCCCCUGCCGCCAAAAAAAUACGACCGCCUAUCACUAAAGCCAUCGAUGUUUGGGCUCUGGGGGUGACGCUGUACUGCCUUCUGUUUGGUCAGACGCCCUUCAAUGCUGAGACGGAAUUCGUCCUGUUUAGCGUCAUUCCCAAGGAGGACUAUGCUUUAGCAGCGACUGCCGGCGCCGAUCGGAUGCCAAUUGGCCCACGAAAGCCCCGCUGGGCCGCCUUGCCGACAUGGGAAGAUGAGGAAGGAGAUGUUUGCACAGACACAGACGGCGUAGAGGGGCCUGACGUAGAAGAAGCAACCCUCACAGAGGAUGCGAGACUCUUACGUGACCUCCUCGAUCGUCUCCUUGACAAGAAUCCAGUCACUCGUAUCAAAUUGGAGGAAGUCAAACAGCAUCCCUGGAUCGUCAAAGACCUCGAGGAUCCGAAGUUGUGGCUGCAGGAUACUGAUCCGACACAGCUCCCUUCGCUUCAAGUCACUCACGAAGAGGUAGAGGACGCUCUGACAGGCUUCUCCAAGAUCAAGCAGAGGAUCAAGAACUGGCGCUUCAAGCUGUUUGGAGAGUCUGGUACCGGUGGUACUGGCGGUUUCAGCAGAGCCAGAAGCAGAUCUCAGUCCAGCAAAGUGGACGAUUUGAAGAUCCUGACGCUCCCGUCGGCCACCCCUUAUAGAAAUGGUCCUUCGUCUGCCUUCCUUUCGACCGAUUCCUCUCCCAAAAGCAGCGUCAACCGUGGUGGCAGCAGCCGUACUACUCCUGGUACCGAUGCUGAGCACCAUACCUUCAGAUUCUUCAAGAGAUCAAAUCAGCGCUCGAACUCUUCUUACCAGGGCUCUGUCGCCGACACUGAGACUGGAGGUCGAAGCGGAGCUCCCUCUCAACCGUCUUCCCCCAAUCUUACUGGCGCAGCUGCAAUGCUUCGUCAGAUCGCCGAUCACUCCCAGAGCGAGUCAGACCGGACAGCAAUCGUUUCUUCCGGAGGCCACGGAGCUGCUGGUACAGGGACGCGCAGACCUCUUUGGCGGCGGCGAUCGACCAGUCGAGCGCCCAGGAGUGGCUCCGCAUCCACUGCUCGCAGGCCGUCUACCGAUCGCUCUUCCUCUGACACGAGGUUCGAGACUUUGGGUACCCGAGCUUCCAAUCGAAGUCUUGCUUCGUCUGCUGCUCACAACCCCGCAGUCUCGUCUGCACUCAGUCGUGAGGGUCCAGGCAGCUCCGCUGCAAAGGGCGGCACAAGGACGCCAGACACUCCUGCUAAGAGUGGAGCAAGUCGCACGCUCGGGCGCGAUCCUUCCUGGAAUCGUUCGAAGAAAAGUGGAGAAUACGGUCGCUCGGCGUCUUCUGCUGCUGGCUCUCAUCAUCGCGUAGGGGAUCUAUGGCACCGGCUAUGGUCUCGAGAAGAGGGUGGGGGGUCAAGAGGAGAAGAUCCUAAUCUUCGUACUCCUGGAGUUCGAGCCACCUCCGCCGCUGCGCACUAUCACACAGGAGACGAAGCAGCUGCGCAACAUGCAACGUCAUCUACAGAGACGGAAGGAGGAUUCCGGGGCCACUCGAGGCAAUCGAGCGAGGGUCAGCCUGCAGCGUAUACCAUGGAAGCUCUGAGACCAGCAACACGCGAUGUACAUGCCGGAUCGGAUGGCCACGGUCUAUCCGGGGGCUUCGAGCUUCCCCCGAUGAUCGACGUCAACGAUAUUGACGAUGAGCUGGAGUUCUCAGACGACGAUGCCGGUCUUGAUUCUCGACCGGGAUCCUUCCUUCGAAACGAUGGUCGAGGGUGGAGCCACAGCUUUGGAAGUGCUAGCCGUUUCACACCUUCGAGCGAGCUCUCCCGCUCUCUGCAAGAUGCAGAUCAUUCGCCUACGCCGAGUGUAGAGGGUGGUUACAAUCUGUUCAAGCCGCCGUACACCGGCAAGACGGAAGAUUCCGGGCCCUCCCACCUGCGCUCUCCUAAUCCAAUGUAUCAGCAGGAAGACCGCAAGGAUGGCAGCAGAGUGUCCUCGCUCACCGCCAUCACCGGAGGUACUGCAGCAGCGAUGCCAAUUGGUAGCUCCUCUGGUGAGGCUGCAGCCCUGCGAAAAGGCCAGAUCCCACUCGAAUCGCCGCCUGUAGCGAGAUCGCAAGGCUACGCAGGCGCGAGCGGCGAGGAACACCCUGCUUCGCAGCAGUACAGUGCCGGAAGCGAAGACUUGUUGCAGCUGCCUAAACGACAGUGGCUCGAUGCGGGCGAGGAGAGCCGAUUUGCCGAUGCAGACGAGAGCAGUCUCACUGUCAUGGGCCCUGUCCUGGAUGGGCAUCAAGCACAAGCGCAAGCCGCUAGUGGACUCACCCCCGGCUUGGGCCUCUCCGGCGUCACCACUCCAGCCGGCAGCACCUCUUCUCGUCCUAGUCAUACUCCGGCCAUGAUUCAUACGAGUAGUGCACCUGGAUCCGAUCAGAACGGGAGCGCCUCUCAUAUUCAUUCUCCUACUUCGCGUCUUGCUGCGCCCUCCUGGGGAAGGCGAGGCUCAGGUCGCUCUUCGAGCUCUGGCAGCUCGCGCAGUCGCUCCGAGGGAUUUCCUCCCCAUACCUCACAACAACAACAACAGCAGCAGCAGCAAAAGAGGAGGGAAGAUCGACACGUCUCGGGAGAAGAGGAUGAGGAUGAGGGAGCUUCUUCCCAGUCUGAAGGGGAGUGCGUGUCUUUCCGGGCGAAGGCGAGGAGGAAUGGGGCUAGAUCUGCUACUUGAUGCGAGACUAGCUCGAGGAAUGGAGAGGGAGGGAGAGGGGAUCUGAGGAGGAAGAAAGGAAGAGGCAGGAGGCGACUCUCAGACUUUCCCCGCAUCAAGGAAGCAUUAGGGAGCAGAAGGAAGGAAAGCAUCUCUCUCUUGUUUGCAUUCCCUUCCACACCCACACCCACAUCCACAUACCUACCCGCACACACGCAAACACGCAAACGCACAUAUUCGCAUCUUCACGCAUACAUCAAACUCAUUUCCAGCCCGUGUCCUGUUGGGAAUACUGCCCCUUGUAGCAAUACAGAUACCUCCUUUCAUUCACUCCCAAUUCUCAUCCUGCAGACGCUGACUGAUGGACGCGCAUGAUGAUGAUGACGAUGGUGAUGAUGAAGGUGAAGGUGACAGACA